AUGGCUUCAGGUCAACACUUGGAUGUUGCGGGGACGAAGGAAGUUGUAGCUGUGCUGCCUGCGGUGGAGCCGGGGAAGAGGAACAUUGGUCAACAUGCCCACGAACUUGACUACGUGAUGGUGAACGAGGAUGCCAACUCUUCCCAGGAGCAGUCAGCCUGUGCUACGCCUGUGGGAACCCCACUGCACAUUGCCUCUCCAGUUAAGAUCCUGGACUUGGUUGUGCCCUCCCCGGACAGCUACCCCAGCCCACGCCUGCACUUUGCCACCAUCAAUGCCAAGAGCGCGGCAGCGCUCGAGGCGGUCUUUGGGAAAGACUUUGACGUAACCGAUCAUCUUGGCGUCCAGCUCAUCAAGGAUGCUGGAGAAGAAGGCGAGGAGCGCUCAAGGGUGGUGUCUGAGGGGGCGGAGAGCUUGGUCAGCCAGCCAGAAGGGCCCUGCCUUGUCCUGUCCGUCCCGGCAAAGCAGCUCCCUCCUCCCGAGGUUGGGGAUGCACAAGAGAAGGAGGUUGCAGUGGGUAGCCCUGUGUCGAGCCCCAAGGCGGUACCAUUGUUGAAGGAGCGGCUGGCCGAGGCGUUGAGGGAGAUCGAGCGGCUGCGUGCUGCGCUGGAGGAAGCGAACCAGCAGCAGGAGUGGGUGCUGGGCAACGUGGUCAAGAACAGCGAGGCCGAGAAGGAGGAGCUCACCCGCGCCCUGCAGGAGAUGACCGCGUCGCGCGACGCGCUGGAGCUGGAGCUGAAGCACAACGAGAAGGAAUUUGCCAGCUUGGUCACCGAAGAGCUGGAGCAGCGCUUUGCGCGCUUUGAGGACAUCACCCUCGCCGCCGUCAGCAAGCUCGGCCCCUCCGGCACCCCCGCCCUCGCCGCCCUGCCUGCCCCGUACCGCACCCCGACAGGCCCGGCGCGGAUCGCGCCGCCGGCGGUGGCGGAGGGCCGAGUGCUGGGAGCGCCGACGCCGGCGCCAGUGCGCAGCAACAUCCUGAUGGCACACCUGGGCACGGUGGGCCCCAACAUGACCCUGCUGGAGGCGCUGCAGUCGCGGCAGGCCACUGACGCCCUCAAGGCCAUGGACCGCGCGCGCGAACCCGCCCGGCCCCUCGACAUCUGCCUCCAGGCCCGUGCGCGCCCCACAGUCGCCCCCGCCGACGCUCCGGCUGUCCUGCGGCCGCCGACGUCCUCAUUCGCAGCACGCCUGCGCAGCUCCCGCCUCGGCCGCGUCUUGGGUGCCAGCGCAGGCGCCAUCCGAUCUGCAGGACAGGGGUCCCUGCGGGCCAUCAGGACGACUCCGUCAGCGCUCAAGGCGUCAGCGGCCGCCGUGGGAAGCGCGGUGCAGCACGGGGCCGUGGCCGCCGGCUGCAGUGCCAGAUCUGGCGCCCAGGGCAUCGCAGGCGCCGCCGCUGUCAGCGCCUCGUGGGUCCAGCACAAUCUCACAGUCAGCAAGGCAAAGCACACCAUCGCCCAGGUGCCGUCUGCCGCGUCCAAGCCUUUCCUGUUCUUUGGCCACCUCAGCAAGCAGCUCUCCAACUUCCUCCACCGCAAGGACGUCCUCGAGGUGCUUGAGAUGUACUGGGGGAUCACGGCGGCCAGCCUGCUGGCGGUAAUGACGGUGUUCCUGGGGGCGUUGGCUCUGGAGGGCGCACGCGACGUGCUCUGCCGCCCCUCGCUCGCCGCCUGGGAGCCCCAGCACGCGGCGCUGACCACCAUGCAACAGCUGUCGGACCAGGCGAGCACGCUGGGGGCGGAGACGCGGCGGUACGACGAGGCGCUGGCGGCCGCUAUGGACGAGACGCUGCGCGCGUCCAAGGAGUCGCUGUCGUCCAUGCUGGAGGCCAAGCGCGCCAUGCACGACCGCGUCGCCGCCGCCGAGCGCCGCGCCAUCCGCGCCGAGCACGCCGCCAAGAAGGCGCGCCUGGCGGCGAUUGAGGCGGCUGGCAAAGUCGCGGCCGAUCCGGCGCCCGACGCCGCAAAGCCGGAGCAGCCGCCACCAACGAUACACUCCGACAAGGCGGCGGUGGACGAGGAUGACGUAUGGCGGAUGGACCCCGAGGAGCUCUUCAGCUGGAGCGGCUUCCCCGACAUCGACCUGCGUUCGAUCGCCGACAAACUUCGCGACCGCGGCUGCAGCGCCUUCCGCCGCCCCCGGGACUGA